CAGUAAGAUUAAAGUGAGCCCUGUCGCUCCUUUGUGCCCUGGAAUCCACUCGCCCGCCUCAUUAAAAUCCACUUUAAGAAUCUACAUUUUUUUUAAUUACAAAAAACAUUGCCCCCCCUUCCUUUACUCCCUAACGAGAUCUCCAUUAAACACCAGAGACGCUGCUGUAACUGUUGCCUCUAGCUGCCAGCGCUGCCUUCCCUAAAUUGCCUGCCUAUAUAAUUUAUGGACAGCCCUAUUAAACUUAAAAGCUUUUUCCCCCUUUCCAACUCCAUUGAAACUUGAUGAGAAGCCUCCCUUGCGCUUUAUCUGGAGAGUCACUUUCUGCUCUGUCCUUCUGGAUUCAUCUCCAGCAGAUUUAAUCAGCAUUAAGAUCAUGGUGAAUCCAGGUAGCAGCUCCCAGCCACCCCCUGUCACCGCAAGCACCCUCUCCUGGAAAAGAUGUGCAGGUUGCGGGGGCAAAAUUGCGGAUCGGUUUUUGUUAUAUGCCAUGGAUAGCUACUGGCACAGCAGAUGCUUAAAAUGUAGUUGCUGCCAGGCUCAGCUUGGGGAGAUCGGAACAUCUUGUUACACCAAGAGUGGAAUGAUCCUCUGCAGAAACGACUACAUCAGGUUAUUUGGAAACAGCGGAGCUUGCAGUGCUUGUGGGCAGUCAAUUCCAGCCAGCGAAUUGGUCAUGAGGGCACAGGGAAAUGUCUAUCACCUUAAAUGUUUCACAUGUUCUACCUGUCGGAAUCGCCUUGUCCCUGGGGACCGGUUUCACUAUAUCAAUGGCAGUUUAUUCUGUGAGCAUGAUAGACCUACAGCUCUCAUCAGUGGUCAUUUGAAUUCACUUCAGAGCAAUCCACUACUGCCAGACCAGAAGGUCUGUUAAAGUGUCCCAGUAAUACAGAAUGCGUGCCUUCAUCUCAAAUUCUGUUCAUCGCAGAUGGAUCCCAUGUGUCUGCAGUAGACAAGUCACCUUUGUAGCUAGCACUAGUGCCAGCCUCAUGCCAUUGCACCUUCUCUAUUCUCUGUUGCCCUCCACACACAUUUUUUUUUUGGUGUUUCAAUUUGACUGUUGAACAUUAAGGACGCCAUAAACCUGGGCUUAUGGGAGAGACUCUUGAAUAUAAUAAGAGAUUCACCAGAGGAUUUCUUUGGGAGGGGUAAAUGACUGAUGAAGCUAAUUACAAGAAGACUUUCUACCCUUUUCACCAAUAAUUGACCAGAGUUUGCACCCUCUGUUUUAUCUUGACAACAUUCUAAUUUGCUUUUUGUAUAUAUACGUGUUGUAAAAAAAAUCUGUUUCAAUCAAUUGAACAUACGAUAAAAUGAGAGCUGUAACUUUUGUGGUACUCUAUCACAAACACUUGUAUUGUAUCUCUGUAAAAUACAAUGUAUGCAUGUAUGUGGGAUUUUUUUAUUUUAUAUAUAUUUUUUUUUUUUGUCUUGUUGCUACUUCCCACAGCAAAAAAAAAAAAGAAGAAGGGAUUGGGCGGGGAGAGAAUCUGCUAUUGUGUAGAAAUUUUCACCUACUUGCUGAUUGAAGAAAUCUUUUAUUUGUGAUAUUUUCAGAGACAUUUGCUCUAGUAUGGUGUAUUUAAAUAAUAAAAGAAUAAAUGCUA